AAACCUGUAAGAUGUCUAGGAAGCUAGUUUGUAUUGAUGAUUAUGAGAAACAUGCCAAAAUGGUUCUUCAAAAAUCAGUUUAUGAUUAUUAUCGGUCUGGUGCAAAUGACGAGGAAACCUUAGCAGACAAUACUGAUGCAUUUUCAAGAUGGAAGUUGUAUCCCCGGGUACUCAGGGAUGUGUCUGCGCUCGACCUGUCGACUUCUGUUUUGGGUCAGAGAGUCAGCAUGCCGAUAUGUGUCGCUGCCACUGCUCUGCAACGGAUGGCUCAUCCUGAGGGAGAAACUGCCACCGUGAAAGCUUGCAGGGCUAUGGGGACAGGAAUGAUGCUGAGCUCAUGGGCCACUUCAUCCAUCGAAGAAGUCGCCCAAGCAGCCCCAGAUGGAAUUCGCUGGCUCCAGCUGUAUAUCUACAAAGACCGCGAGCUCACCAAGCAGCUUGUAGAGCGGGCAGAGAGGAUGGGCUAUAAAGCCAUAUUUUUGACCAUGGACACUCCUUAUCUAGGCAACCGCCUGGAUGACACACGCAACCAGUUUCACCUUCCACCACAUCUCAGGAUGAAAAAUUUUGAGACGAGUGACUUGGCCUUCUCUUCCAAGAAGGGAUAUGGGGAUAAGAGUGGACUUGCCGGCUAUGUUGCUCAAGCCAUAGAUCCUUCCAUCAACUGGCAGGAUAUUAAAUGGCUGAAGGGACUGACUUCCUUACCGAUUGUUGCCAAAGGUAUUCUUAGAGCUGAUGAUGCCAGAGAGGCGGUGAAAUAUGGGGUCAGUGGAAUCUUGGUGUCUAACCAUGGGGCACGCCAACUGGAUGGAGUUCCUGCUACAAUCGAUGUCUUGUCUGAAGUCGUGGAAGCGGUGGAAGGACAAGUGGAAGUGUUUCUGGAUGGGGGAGUUCGGAAGGGCACAGAUGUUCUUAAAGCUAUAGCUCUUGGUGCCAGGGCAGUGUUUAUAGGCCGACCUAUUAUCUGGGGAUUGGCUUGUCAGGGUGAGGAAGGAGCCAAGAAUGUCCUUAAAAUGCUGAAAGAAGAAUUCCAGUUGGCAAUGGCUCUGACUGGGUGCCGGAAUGUAAAAGGCAUUGACAAGACAUUGGUGAGGAAAAAUCCAUUUGCUGUUUCCAAGUUCUGACAGUGCACAAUAUUUUCCCAUCUGUAUUCUUUUUUUCCAAUGAGUGUUUCUUGACAAAGAGAUACUGUGCAGAGGGUGCCCAUGGUCUGUAAUUUCGCGCCACUCUACAAUAGACGUCGUUAUUCUCCAUCAAAAUAAAACCCUCUUUUAGUUAAUUGCUUUUGACUUUUCAAUGUGUGUCCUUAGGAACCUUUAAAAAAGAAAUGUGCUUGCAUCCUGGAACUAAAUUAACUGUUUAAAAGAAAACAUUAAAAAGUGUUUGGGCAACAAAAUCCACUGAAAUGGAAAAAGUUUGAUUUACAAAAGAUUCCCUCUGGCAGAAUUGAACUUGCCUCUGAGAUAUUCAGGACUUGGCCCCUGGAAAGCUUUUAACAUUGGAAUUCUCUUAAAGAAAGACACUGAUUACUCUCAAAUGCUAAGAAGCAAUUCAAGGGCCUAAAUACCUGAGAUCUAGAUUAUGAUCCCCGUGUUGGACAGGGUCUGUGUCUGACCUGAUUAACUUAUAUCUACCCGGCACGUAGUACAGUCCUCUGUUCCUUGGUACAUAAUAAGCACUUAACAAAAACCAUGAUAAUACUGAAUUCCUGGGAGAUGGGUCAUAGGCUAUUUGAAUCCAAAGUGGUGGCUGAAUACUCUAAUGUUGGAAUGUCGAGAAGUGUCAGUCUCCACUUCUUCCACCUCUGGCCCAUUUCCCUUUGCUGUGUUCAACCUUCUCUGUUUCCUCUUUGCUCACAUUCCUCUUCCUUCCCAAUCCACUGUGGCCUCUCCUCCACUACUUAUAUUCUGCCCUACUUCACAAUAACUUAUUGGAGAGACAGUCACAGUCAGGAGAAUAUUGGGGUUUAUGUGCACUGAUAAUAAUGAAUUUUGACUCUCGUGACCUUAGAAGUGGAAUUCGGAAGAGUGAAGUGGCAGGAUGUG